GACAUAUUUCGAGCUUUGACACUAACCAAUAAUAUUCCGCAAUUUUUGUGUAUUUUGUGUUUACCUUUGUGAAUAUAUAUUGUUAACAUUUUUAAAGCAAAUAGAAUAAAUCCCAUACUAAAACGUAAUUUAAAAUUCAAAUAUGACAGACACACAGGAACACACGUAUGGAAAAUACGAUCAAGUUCUUUCUUCAAUCCUGGAAGAAGAAAAAUCAAUACUCGGUUUCCUCUCCUCUAUAUUUGGAUUUCUUGCCAGAAGAACUGACUUUUAUUAUGUUCCAAAAGGCCCCUAUGAAAACAUGGGUUUUCCUCCAGGCGUUGCCGAAGAACUAGUCAUAAAAGUGUUACGGAAAUGUGACCCAAAAACUUGGUAUACAAAUGAGGAAUUGGAACAAAGUGACAUGCACAAUGAAAUCAUGUGUUCAACAGUAGCACGAGAAGUAGAAAUCGUUGAUGAGAAUGAAACAAAUGAAAGUGUGGAUGCACCACAAAGUUCUUCUGAAGAUCAAGCUCAGAGAAGCACAGCGAGUGCAGAGAAUAAAGAAAAAUCUUUAUUUCCUGAAGAUUAUCAACCACCUGUAAUACCUGCACAGAAUAGUGAAUCCUAUAAUGGAGCAGUGAGAGACACAUACACAUGGUCUCAAACCAUAAUGGAUUUAGAUGUUAUUGUUAACCUUCCAUCAACUGUGAAGUCUUCAAAAGAUUUAAAAGUGACAAUUAAUUCAAGUGAUCUUACAAUUGUGAGCCGACCAAAUGAUAUAAUAAUCAAAGACGCAUUCCCAUACAAAAUUAAAGCUAUAGAUAGUUUUUGGAGUAUCAGUGAAGGAAGACUUUUGUUACAUUUAGAAAAAGUUCAAGAACGUUGGUGGGACAGGCUGCUCGAGAGUGAGGAACCAAUAAAUUUAGAUAAAAUUGAUUGUUCAAGGCCACUAAAUGAAUUACCAGAAGACCACAUUGAAAAGGUCAGAGAAUUACAAUGGAAUCAAGAACAGAAAAUGAAAGGUCUGCCAACAAGUGAUGAAAUACGUAAUAUACAGAUGUUGAAGAAGGCCUGGAACUCUCCAGGGUCACCUUUCAUAGGACAAGAAUUUGAUCCUAGUGUACUUUCAAAUAAUAUUUAAUUUUUGUUAAAAUUAUGUUUUAGUUUUAAUUUUGUUAUACUUAAUAUAUCAGUUAUACAGAA